AUGCUGGUCCCCGCCCUCCUCGUCCUCCUCUUCUGCUUUAGAGGGCGUGCAGGCCGGUCGCCCCAUUUCCUGCAACAGCCUGAGGACCUGGUGGUGCUGCUGGGGGAGGAAGCCCGGUUGCCCUGUGUUCUGGGCGCAUACAGGGGUCUCGUUCAGUGGACUAAGGAUGGGCUGGCUCUAGGGGGAGAAAGGGACCUGCCAGGGUGGUCUCGGUACUGGAUAUCUGGGAAUGCAGCCAGUGGCCAACAUGACCUCCACAUUAGGCCAGUGGAGCUAGAGGAUGAAGCAUCGUAUGAAUGUCAGGCUACACAAGCAGGUCUUCGAUCACGACCAGCCCAACUGCACGUACUGGUGCCCCCAGAAGCCCCCCAGGUGCUGGGCGGCCCCUCUGUGUCUCUGGUUGUUGGAGUUCCUGCAAAUCUGACCUGUCAGAGCCAUGGAGAUGCCCGCCCCAUCCCUGAGCUGCUAUGGUUUCGAGAUGGUGUCCGGUUGGAGGGGACCACCUUCCACCAGAACCUGCUGAAGGAAGGAACCACUGGGUCAGUGGAGAGCACCUUAUUCUUGACCCCUUCCAGCCAUGAUGAUGGAGCCACCUUAGUCUGCCGAGCCAGGAGCCAGGCCUUGCCUACAGGGAGAGAUACAGCUAUCACACUGAGCCUGCAGUACCCCCCAGUGGUGACUCUGUCUGCUGAGCCACAGACUGUGCAGGAGGGAGAGAAGGUCACUUUCCUGUGUCAGGCUACAGCCCAACCUCCUGUCACCGGCUACAGGUGGGCAAAGGGAGGUUCUCCGGUGCUUGGGGCCCGAGGACCAAGGUUGGAGGUGGUGGCCGACGCCUCAUUCCUGACCGAGCCAGUGUCCUGCGAGGUCAGCAACGCCGUGGGAAGCGCCAACCGCAGCACCGCGCUGGACGUGCUGUUUGGGCCGAUUCUGAAGGCAAAGCCAGAACCCAUGUCCGUGGACGUGGGGGAGGACGCCUCCUUCAGCUGUGCCUGGCGCGGGAACCCCCUCCCACGGGUAACCUGGACCCGCCGCGGGGGAGCGCAGGUGCUGAGCUCUGGGCCCACGCUGCGUCUUCAGUCGGUUGGACCCGAGGAUGCAGGCGACUAUCUGUGCCGGGCUGAGCCGGGGCUGUUGGGCCUGGGGGGCGGCACAGCCGAGGCUAGGCUGACCGUGAAUGCUCCCCCGGUAGUGAUGGCCCUGCACUCUGCACCCGCCUUCCUCAGGGGCCCUGCUCGCCUCCAGUGUCUAGUGUUUUCCUCUCCAGCCCCAGAAGCUGUGGUUUGGUCUUGGGAUGAAGGCUUCUUAGAGGCAGGGUCAAGAGGCAGGUUCCUGGUGGAGACCUUCCCAGCCCCAGAGAGCUACCGGGGACAAGGUCCAGGCUUGAUCUCUGUGCUGCACAUUUCCGGGACCCAGGAGUCCGACUUCAGCAGUGGCUUCAACUGCAGUGCCCGAAACCGACUGGGUGAGGGAGGCACCCGGAUCCGCCUGGGUCGUAGAGACUUGCUGCCUACUGUGCAGUUGGUGGCUGGGGUAGCUGCUACAGCCACAACCAUCCUUAUUGUCAUUACUGGGGUGGCCCUCUGCUGCUGGCGCCACACCUCUUUCUCCAAGCAAAAGAACUUGGUGCGAAUCCCAGGAAGCAGUGAUGGCUCCAGUUCAAGGGGCCCAGAGGAGGAGACAGGCAGCGGUGAGGUACAGGGCCCCAUUGUGCACACAGACCAUAGUGACCUAGUUCUGGAUGAGGAAGGGGCGCUGGACACCAAGGACCCAACCAACGGUUACUACAAGGUGCGAGGGGUCAGUGUGAGCCUGAGCCUUGGUGAAGCUCCAGGAGGAGGCCUCUUCCUGCCACCCUCCUCCCCCCUUGGACUUCCAGGGACCCCUACCUUCUAUGACUUCAACCCACACCUGGACAUGGUUCCCCCCUGCAGACUGUACAGAGCCCGGGCAGGUUAUCUCACCACACCUCAUCCCCGAGCUUUCACCAACUACAUCAAACCCACACCCUUUGGACCCCCAGAGCUGGCGUCCGGGACUCCCCCCUUCCCGUAUGCUGCCUUCCCCAUGCCAAGCCACCCACGUCUCCAGACUCAUGUGUGA